AUGUUUGACGAGAAGAUCGAGGACGACUGUUCGCUCCCAAAGGCAACGGUAGACAAGCUGAUUCACAGCACACUUGCCAGUAAGACACUAAUGGCCAAAGACGCCAGAGAAGUACUCAGAAGUUUUAGCAAAAAAAUUCUGAUAAUUUUAGCAGGGGAAGCAAACAGAAAGUGCGAGGAAGAGAAAAAGAAGACCAUCACAAUCGACCAUCUGAUCCAUUCGCUCAGAAAGUACGAAUUGGAGCGAUACGUGGAUGAGGUUGAGAAAUCAACGAAAUGCUACUUGGAGUACACCAAGCAUAAACCAUCAAAACAGAACAAAUUCAAGGAGAGUGGCUUAACGAUGGAACAGCUGCAUGCAGAGCAGCAGAUGCUGUUUGCACAGGCGAAGAAGGUCCCAACCACCGACGGAGCGAGUGUUGACGAGCUGGAGAUUCAAAUUGACGACGUCCAAGAAAUUCAGGAUGACAAGAGCAAUUUAAGUUAA